UCAAUCUCGUUGUUUGAGGAUCCUGUGGUUUACGAAAAAGCUCCCUUACCUUUAACUAAUUACAGAGUUAGUAAGACAUCAGACAGGGACAAAUAUGUCGUCUCAUAACGUAAUCGGACCUGCCUUGCCCCCGAUGUUCAGAGAAGAUAGUGAUGAAGACUCUGAAAAUGAAAGCGGAUUCGCUGGCCCCGCUCUGCCUCCAGGUUAUAAACGGGGAGAACCGUCGAGCUCAUCGGAUGAAAGUGACCAGGAGGUGUUGGUCAAAAGAGCCAAGACUAGUCACACACCUGCAGAGGCAGAGACGACAAAGGUACCAGAAGAAGAAGAAGAUGAUGGUUUCUUUGGACCAGCUCUGCCACCAGGAUUUAAGAAAAAACAGAGUUCACCAGAAAGGCCACCUCUGUUGGGACCAGCUUUGCCUCCUGGGUUUCGCAGAGCAGCAUACGAUGACGAUGAUGAAAAUAAUGAUGAAGAUGGAGAGGAUUUCCCAGGGCCUGCACUACCCCCAGGCUAUCAGGCUGAACCCUCCAGCAGCGAGGGAGAGGAGGAGGGUGAAAUCGGACCUAUGCCGGCCAAAGGGCCCGUUCAAGACUCUGUGGCUCUGGACUUUGAGCGCAGGGCAAGAAUGAUGAAAGAGAAAUUGACUAAAGAUGACACUCCUGAGGUGCUGACCAGAGAAACAUGGAUGACAGAGCUCCCGCCAGAACUGCAGCACAUUGGCUUGGGGGCACGAACUUUCAAGAAGAAGUCAGGCCCAGAGAAAGGAGACCGCUCUAUUUGGACUGAUACGCCUGCAGACGUGGAGCGCAAGGCCAGGGAACGCCUUGAGGGAAAGAAAAAGGGUGAGGUGGAGAAAUGCAGUAACGUUCAUGUCACCAAGAAGGACAUAGAAAUGGCAGAGAAAGUGACUAAGUAUAAUGAGUCUAAACGUGCUGAGUCUCUGAUGAGUUUGCACACAAAGACUAUGAAGGAAAAGGCAAAGGAGGCGGGUGACAAGCCAGUGGAGAGGAGACCAUUCGAUCGGGACGCAGACCUACAGGUCAACCGCUUUGAUGAGGCGCAGAAGCAGCGGCUGCUGAAGAAAUCUCAGGAACUGAACACACGCUUCUCCCACAGCAAGGAAAAAAUGUUUCUUUAAGAAGUUGUCAAAAUGUACACGUUUGAAGGUGCUGACCUCUAGUUACUAUCUGCCUUUUUACAUAGGUUUGUAAAAUAUGAACCAUGUUUCUAUCAAUGCUUAUGUGUGUAACAAAAGGAGAAUUGAAUUUUAUGUUGGUGUAUGAGGUAACUGAAAUGGACUAAACAUUAAGACAUUUACAUGGCAGACAGGUCCUUUUAUAGGAAUGUAUUCUGUCAUUCAGUGUAAUGCUUACAGUAAAUGUUUCAAGCAGGUUCAAGCUGUUAUAAAGCAACAGCCAGUGGAUUUUGUAAAUUUUACUUUGUACACUGUAUUAGGGCUGCUGAUAUAGGAGAAAAUAUUACAAUUAAUAAAGUACAUUUUCUAUAUUGAUAUACAUCAGGGUAUCUUUUGAGAUCUGGAAAUUUUAUUUUUGGAAGUCACCUGUUAUGAUCAAUAUAGAAGUUAUCCUUAGAAUGCCCAGACUUAGUAAUUGCUUGGUAUUAAGUAGCUUCACAAUUCAUGAUAUAAAGCAAUCCCACAAUAUAAUAGCAAUGACAUAAUAAACUAUUUUGGCCAACAUAAUUGCAAUUGUGUGUAAACACUAGUGAUUCCUGCGUGAAUAGCAUCAAAUAAACUCCAUUUAGCAUUAAUGCUCAAAUUACAAUGCUCAUUCGCUUCAAAUUACUGGAUCUGAUAUUGAUAAUGUACAUAGUGAGUAACUCUUGAAACCUUGCUUUUCAAACUGAUUAUAUUAUCAGGACAUUGUGCGUUAAAUGCCUCUUUUCUUGCCAGUGAUUUAGCCCUUUGUAAAUUGAAAUACCAGUGAGUGAUUUUACUUAGUUUCAAGGAAAACAUUUUGUACAAAAUGCUGUGAAAUGCUCUGUUAUGCUGUGUGUUCCUUUGCAUUCUCUCAUUGUGACUUUUUACAUGAAUAAAUUGUGU